GUACCGGGGUUAGUUUAAGAUACGCGAGGAGAGGGAUGCAGUAUAUAUAUAAGAAAGGAACUAAACUAUCUGCAAAACGAUAAGCAUAAAGUACAUAUUCAGGACUGCAGUGUUGAACUGCUUUAUCUACCAAAGCAGAAGCUUACAUUUAUAGGCAUCGUGAACUUUUUGCCACUGAGCUACUGGAACAACAAAAAAAUGGAUGUAUUAUUGUAGGAGUUAUGAACUUAGAAGCAAUCACAAGCUAUCAAUAAUUAUAAAAACGUAAUAAAAAUGAAUGGCUUUAAAUUCGAAAACAUAAUACUGCCAACUAGACAAACUAAUACCACAGCAUGUAUCCUAGAUCACAUAAUAACAAAUAAGACUUAACAUGCGCAAUCAAACUGGAGGACAGGGACAUAAUGUACGUAGAAUUGAAGAAACUGAUAAUUAUAAAGAAGAAGGAAACAUUAGAAAGAAGUUACCUAAAUGAAGAUAAGUGGCUCAAGAGUGUACAAGAAAAAGUGCAGCAAAAUGAACCAACAACUACUGGAUAACUAAAGAAUACCUAACCAAACUUAAGGGAAAAGACAAGCUGUACGUUAGAUGGAAAAAAAUGAACAACGAAUACUGUAAAAACGAAUAUAAAAAAGCAAGAAAUGAAUUAAAUAACUUAAGAACAACGCUCCAGAAACAAUACGCUGAAAAGAAGUUUAAUGAAGCAAAAGAAAACUCUAAGAAGAUAUGGAAGAUUUUAAACGAAAUAGCGAACACAAAGGAAAACAAAACCGAAAAAAUACAUCAAAUAAUUAAUGCAACUGCACAACCGACUAAAGACGAUAAAGAAAUAGCUAAAGAAUUUAAUAUACACUUUUCAAAAAUUGGAGACACUUUAGCCAACAAAAUAAAGCAACAUUCCAAUACCAAUUUUGUAGAAGAAGUGGUGGCUAGCAUAUUUCUGGAACCAAUAACGAUCCUAGACAUAAAGGAAACGAUUAACUCAUUAAAAAAUAUUUGUGCCCCAGGCAUCGAUGGUGCAACAAAAAAAGAUCUGCAAAAAAGGAGCGCACUACGAAAUGAAUAAUUACGGGCCAAUCUCUCUACUUAGCCACUUCAGCGAACCUACUGGAAAAAAUUAUUAAGGCAAGAUUAAUAAAAUUUAUCGAAGCUAAAAUUAAUUUUGACAACCAUCAAUAUGGAUCGGUUGUUGAUAUGCUGGAAUUUAUGGCCAAGAACAAAUAUGUAAUAACAGUGUUUGUCGAUCUUCAAAAGGCGUUCGAUACUGUCGCUAUUAAAUAAAAUGAGACUUCGUGUGGUGUGCUAACAGUUGAUUAAAUCCCAUUCUACGGCCAGAGAGCACUGCACAACAAUAAAUAGUGAAAGCUUCCAACGUCGGCAUUGCCCAGGGAUCGGUAUUAGGGCCACUACUGUAUUCGUUGUAUGUACAAAGCAAGGUACUUCAAAUUUGCCGACGGCACUGCAUUAGUUUACUCGGGUGAUAGUGCGGAACAGCUUGAAGGACUUGUUAAUAAAGAUUUACAGCAGUAUUUUGAGUGGUAGUUAUAGCACAGAUAACAGACUUUCCUUAAACGCCCAAAACACAGUUUACAUGAUAUUUAAACAGACAGGAAAAGCCCCUUGUAACCUAAAUAUAAAAAUAAACGAAGCGGCACUCAAAAAAGUGUGUGAACAAAAUAUCUAUGGCUAACUAUCUCUGAAAAUCGAACUUGGGAUAAACAUAUUGAGACUGUAAUCGACAAAACCAAAAAACAGCUGCUUUAUAAUAGCCUCGUAAAACCACACCUGAGAUACUUUAUACCUUAUUUAAAAAUAUGUGAACUUAAGAUAUUAGAACAAACAAAAUUAAUUUACUUAAUGCCAAACAAACUGAUUAAAACAAAUGUGCAACUGACUAAAAAUGGACCGUGUUACAGCUACAGUACAAGAAGCAAUUCUAUUAAAGCGCACUACCAAGAAAAUGUGUCAUAACCGUAAAGACUUUAUAAGAAAAAAUAGAAUAUAAACUUAUAUUAACAAAAUAUUAUAUUUAAUUUUACUAGAAUAUUAUAUAUAUGCUUUCAGUCACGUUUUUUGUAAGUAAGUUUUAUUGUUAACUUUUUACUUAAUUACUUAUUAUAAAAUUAGGUUUAUAUGGCAUUAAAGACUCUGCACUAGAAUGGAUAAAGAACUUUUUAUCUGAUAGAUCUCACCAGACUAAAAUUAAUAAUAAUGUUUCUAAUCAUAGGGAUAGCAGAUGGGGGUACCGCAGGGAAGCGUGUUGGGUCCGCUAUUAUUUAUUAUUUAUAUGAAUGAUAUGCAUCAGGUUUUAAAAAUCUCCUUUGUUAACUUAUUUGCUGAUGACACGCUUAUUUCAGUCUCUGGAAACGAUUGCAAAGAAAUAGCUACCAAACUGAACACCGAAAUGCAGUACUUCUACGAAUGGCUGUGUCAAAAUAAACUGAAAUUAAAUAGAUCCAAAACCAAGUGCAUGGUUAUCGAUUCUACGGUUAACUGUCAAAAAUGUUAUAAGUCGGGGUAUUCUGUGGAUAUACAAGACGCUAAUCGUGUAAAAUUCUUAAGAGGCUUUGGCUCAAUGGAAAAUUGCGUUGAGCAAGAAAUAGUAGAAGGUUCAGCCAAAAUACUGACCACUGGUAACGUAUUUUAUAAUCCCGUCCAAGAAUUCAAUCGAGAUCUUAGCAUUGCAGUUAUUAGAACAUAUGAACAAAUUUUACACAUAGAAAAAAAUGAGGCAAAGGGGAAAGAAUAUAAGGGACUGUCUAUUUUGGAAGCAUUGUCGGCAACUGGUUUAAGAAGCAUCAGAUAUGCACAGGAAAUACCAGGCGUUAAGGAGAUAAUCGCUAAUGACCUGUCAAGGAAAGCUGUAGAAGAUAUAAGGACAAACAUUAUCAGAAAUCAUGUGCAACAUAUAAUAACUCCAAGCCAUAGUGAGGCCACGAUGCUAAUGUAUGAGCACAGAAAAGAUAAUCUAUUUGAUAUCAUUGAUUUGGAUCCAUACGGAUGUCCAUCCAUUUUCUUAGACUCGGCAGUGCAGUCAAUCGAAAAUGGGGGUCUGUUGCUGGUUACUGCCACCGAUAUGGCCGUUCUGGCAGGAAACUCCCCCGAAACCUGUUAUAGUAAGUAUGGAUCUGUUUCGUUACGGAUAAAAAGUUGCCAUGAAAUGGCCGUCAGGAUAUUGCUACGGUGUAUUGAGUCACAUGCAAACCGGUAUAGCAGAUAUAUCGUGCCCUUGUUGUCUUUGUCGGCAGACUUUUACAUUAGAGUGUUUGUAAGGGUCUACAGUGGUGCUCAGAAAUGCAAGCAUACAUUGAGCAAACUGGCCUACGUAUACCAUUGUACGGGAUGUGAUAAUUUUACGCUGCAGCCACUGGGGAUCACGAAAGUGAAUGAAAAAAAUAAUCAAGAGAAAUUUUGUCUUCCCGCUGCUUCUAAAGUGCCCGAAAAUUGUGAUAAUUGCGGAGGAACUAUUCAUAUAGGGGGACCGAUUUGGGCCGCGCCCAUACACAAACACGAUUUUGUCGGUCAAGUGUUGAACAUUGCCAUGCAGAGUUUAAACACAUUUAAACGAAUUCAAGGUGUAUUAAGCGUAAUCUGUGAGGAGUUGUCCGAUGUACCUUUGUAUUAUGCCGUGGAAAAGCUCGCCGGUACAAUCCACGUGGAGACACCGCCCAUGAUGAGUUUAAGGUCGGCCAUUUUAAACGCAGGUUACGAAGUGUCCUACACUCAUAUGAAUAAAACUUCAUUCAAAACAAAUGCCCCGUCGAGAGUCGUGUGGGACAUAAUGCGCUGUUGGGAGAAAAUCCACCCGGCAUCAAAAAAACGCAUCGCUCACAAUCAAAUAGCCGUGACUAUUUUAGGGCAACGGCCAGAAAAAGAAUAUUCUUUCCAGGAUCAUCCCGAAGCAAAUCCAGAGUCGAAGAAAAGAGGUUUUCUACGUUUUCAGAUGAACCCUUUGCCAUUCUGGGGCCCUGGUUCUCGGGCAACGGCAUUACUUGGCCAAGGGAAAAUCGAGAAAAGCGUGAAAAAUCAAGGAAAACGGAAACGAGAAGUAUCGGAAGAAAGUGCAACGAAAUAAAGAGAAAAAACCUUAGAUCUAUUAUAAGUUUUUUCAAAUUGACAGUGCUGUAACUUUAAGAUUAAAACAUUUUCAUCAUUAUAAUCCU